AAUAUUGAUUAGUUCGUACUAAAAUUCGUACGACCAGUGUUGCAGGAAAUUCCGGACCCGCCUCGGAAAACGGAGUCGCCUCCCUUAACCCAUCUCCCAAUCAUCAUCAACCCCCCCCUGCGGUAGUUUCUCUCUCUACCCCUCUCUCUCUCUCUCUCUACAUUACUCUCUCUCUCUCUCUCUCUCUCUCUCUCUCCCCUUGGUUCGAUCGUACACACACGCACGCCAACAAGUACCGCUCUACAACACAGUGAAUGGGCGAAGAAGAGAAGAAGCCCUUGCUCCCCCUCCUCCGUUCCCACCUCUCCUCCCCACUCCCCCUCUCCGACGCGAUCCUCCUCCCCUCCACCGCCGACGAGCCCUCCUCCUCCUCCGCCGCUACCGCCGACGAGCCCUCCUCGUCCUCCGCCGCCGCGGACGAGCCCUCCUCCUCCUCCGCCGCCGCCGCCGCAGCUGCCGCGGAGGAGGGGGAGGAGGACGGCGACGAUCCCUGCUCCUAUGGCUUCCGCCGCAAAUCGGGGCUCCACCGCGCCCGCACCGCCCCCUCCAUGGCCGUGCUCCUCGACCUCCUCCCCUCGUCGUCGACAAACCCUAACGCCAACCCUGGCGACGGCGACGACGACGACGACGCGGAGGAGAGGGAGAAGAAGAAGAAGAAGAAGAAGAAGCUCCUCCCGCCCGGCGAUCUCGGAUCGUCCGGGUCGAUCCUCCGCACCGCGGCGCUGCUGCUCCUGCUGUACCUCUGCCUCGGCGUCGUCGUCUACUCCGCCGACCCCCGCGGGUUCUCCGGCGCGGAGACGCACCCCGCCGUGGACGCGCUCUACUUCUGCAUCGUCACCCUCUGCACCAUCGGCUACGGCGACAUCGCCCCCCUCACCCCCGCCACCAAGGCCUUCUCCUGCCUCUUCGUCCUCGUCGGCUUCGGCCUCGUCGACGCCCUCCUCUCCGGCGCCGUCUCCUACGUCCUCGACCUCCAGGAGUCCGCCAUUAUCGCCGCCGCCUCCGCCUCCGCCUCCGCCGGCCCCGGCGGCUACAUCUUCGACGCCGAGAAGGGCCGCAUGCGCAUCCGCCUCAAGGUCGCCCUCGCCGUCGCCGUCGUCGUGCUCUGCGUCGGUGCCGGCACCGUCGCGCUCUACUGGAUCGAGCACCUCGACUGGAUGGACUCCUUCUACCUCUCGGUGAUGUCGGUCACCACCGUCGGCUACGGCGAUCGCGCAUUCAAGACCCUCCCCGGCAGGGUCUUCGCCUCCUUCUGGCUCCUCGUCUCCACCCUCGCCGUCGCGCGCGCGUUCCUCUUCCUCGCGGAGGCGCGGAUCGACAGGCGCCACCGCAGGAUCGUCAAGUGGGUGCUCCAGCGCGACCUCACCGUCGAGGACCUGCUCGCUGCCGACCUCAAUCGGAAUGGCUUCAUCAGCCAAUCAGAAUAUGUUAUAUACAAGUUGAAGGAGAUGGGGCGGAUUUGUGAGAAAGAUAUACUGCAAAUCUGCAACCAGUUCAACAAGCUUGAUACCAACAAUACUGGGAAGAUCACUUUGCACGAUCUACUAAAUGCCGCCAGAUGACUGAUUAUGUGAGGUUAGUUGGCACACCCUGUACAAGUUCAAAUUGUGUGUUCAAUAUACCUACUGUAAAAUUGCAAAAUUAGUAGAAUUUGAGUCCACACAGCUUGUUCAUUCUUAUAUUGUACAUCCAAUAGCAAUUGUAAAUAAAAGACCAUCAUUUAUUUGCCGCCUUCA